UCAGGCCGCCGGCCCUGAGAAAACGGAAAAGAACAGCAUGUGCAAGACCACACAUUCCACCCUGCUUGCAGAUUAAAUCAGCUGUCAAGCCAGGGUGAAGGAUCUUCUGCCGGGAGGAGGCCUGCCGCGAGGAAGGACAAGGCACCGCGCAACUCUUUAAGAUGUGAGUCUCAAUGAAUUGGCUCCUGAAGGUGUAGCAGGAACACACUGGCCCAAACUGGGCAGGAAUGGCACUACCUUGCAGACGCUGCCUCCUUCUGAUUGGUGCACUGAGCAUCUUCUCACUUGACUGUGUCACCGAAGGUCAGAAGAACAGCACACUGAUUUUCAUAAAGCAAAACACCAUUCGGAACUGCAGCUGCUCUGCAGACAUCCGGGACUGUGACUACAGUUUGGCCAACCUGAUGUGCAGCUGUAAAACCAUCCUGCCUUUUGCGGUAGAGCGUACCAGCUACAGUGGCCAUCUGACCAUCUGGUUCACAGACUCAUCAGUGCUGGGCCGCCUGUUGAACUUCACACUGGUCCAGGAUCUGAAGCUUUCUCUCUGCAGUUCCAACACUCUCCCCACCACGUACCUGGCUAUUUGUGGGCUGAAGAGGCUUCGCAUCAGCACAGAGGCCAAGAACCCCUUCCCAGAACAAAGCUUACUCAUCCAUAGCACCAGGGACAGCGACUCCCAAGUGUUGCCCACAUCGCUACACACAGGCUGGCAAACGUGUACGUAUGUUUCCUUCUUAGAUGUGGCUCUUUUCAACAGGAACUCGUCCUUAAAAUCAUACAGCAUUGAAAAUAUUGCCAGCAUUGCUCAUGACUUUCCUGACUUCUCUUACCUUAAAGCCUUCCCAGUGCCAAACAACAAAAGUUAUGUUGUCACCUUCAUUUACUAAUAUUUUAACUGUGUCCAACAACCAGGAAACUUAGCAACAGAUACAUCAUUUCAACAAGGAAUCUGGGAACCAGACUAUGAGACAGGUAUCCCUACUCACAGCUCAGCCUCUGUCUGCAGCUCCCAUUUGCAGCUGAGCCACACCUACGAAUAUCCCGCCCUCUCGGCUCUACUCUGCACCCUAUCUUGGGAGCUAUUUUGAAAAGGAAGGUAAAAAGAAACCCCUCAAAAUGAUUCAGUCUGUAGCCAUGACUUGAGGACCAGAUACAGGUUAGAUCUUUGCAACUGGGAGCUUGUGAAGAGGUGUCAGAAGUACUGAAAGCUGUAAUUUGUGAGGUAUCCUCUCAAAAUACAGCUGUCCCCUUAUCUGCAGGUGACACAUUGCAAUGCCAUCCUGUGGAUGCCUGAGACAGCAGACAGUACCAAACCCUACAUAGACAUUUUUUCCCCCUACACAUACAUGUGAUAAAGUUUAACUUGUAAGUUAGGUCACAGACUAAUGACAGUAAUAGUAGAGCAAUGAUAUUUGAAAUAAAACUAUGUGAAUAUGCUUUCUCUUUCUCAAAAUGUCUAUUUGUACUGUAAUGGAAUCACCUGUAAUGAUACUUAUUAGAAACAUUCUAUGGUGGGACAGCAUGAAAUUUAAGACUUAUAAAUUGCCUUGUUCUGGAAUUUUUCAUUUAAUAUUUUCAGACUGUGGUUGACCACAUGUAACUAGAACAUGGGGGGAAAACUGUGGAUAAGCAGGGAAAUAUUGCACUGCUGUCAUUUUUUUCUGUUUCAUUUUGUGACAUUGCCUGGAAUUCCCCUAAGUCAGGAAUGGUAGAUUUCAGAGGUUUGGGGAAUUCCAUGAAAUGACUGGGUUCUCUUAAACUGCUGUCUUCCAAAUAUCUUCCUAAGAACAAAUACACUGACAAGCAAGAAUUUUGAGAUUUUUGUUUGUGGAAGGUAGGAAGAAUUAGAACAGGAGUGGACUGGGAAGAACCUUAGUACUGAAUAAAGGCAGAAGAUUCUGAAGAGAAGGGUGUGGAAAUGGUAAUCAAAGGUUAUAAAGCAAUUGCAUAUACUGUAUCUCAGAUUUUUGCGUGGAGUUCUACCUAGCCUCAGGGAGAAUUUUCUUUUAACCCUUCUCCUUCAUUUCCUCCUCUUUCUUUGCUCUCACUAUUCUACUUGCAUUUCUCUUCUCAUUUUCCUCUUCCUUCUGUUUCUUUUCUUCUUGCUCCAGAACUUAGAAUUUAAAUUAAGAUCAGUAGAACUAUUAAACCACAUUAAGGGCUAGACUGGGAAUCUAAUAAUCACCUAUCACACUCUCAUGAUAAAGGUGCUCAGGUACUUAAAUUGCUAAUAAAUAAUUAAAAUUUUAUAGUGUUGAGGAUUAAACCUUAUGCCUAGUAGGCAUGGAUUCUAACACUGAGCUGCACCCCCAGGCUUUGUUAUACUUUUUUUUGGAAGAUACAAUUAAUAAAUGAAUUUCUGGUGCUUGGUGCAUUUGGAAGUUGAAGAUUAAAAAGUUAGGCUACUUCAUAUGUCAUGGCUAACACAAAAUUAUGUUAUGUGUAUCAUAAAUGGAACCAAACAAACAUAGCUUUUUAAAAAUUGAAUUGGUUCGCCAGUGUAUGCAGAAAAGUUCCCCUCACAGAGACCCAACUUGCCAUUAGUAGAAUCACAGUUGUGAUACAAAUAUCUAACUCAGGAUGCAUUACUGCAUUUCAUAAUGAUAAAAAGAAGUUUUACUACAAAAUAACAGGGUGGCCCAGGUUGGUCACUUUCAUUAUACAUCACAUUCAUCGCAUUUUUCCUUCUUAACCUUAACAUAGGAUAAUUGAAUAACCUAAAAUUUAUAUAUUUGCUUAAUUGGUGGGGGAUUUAAUCAUUCAGGCUAAUUAACAUAAAUUCAUAAUUUCAGUGUUUAAAUUAGGCCAAAACAAAGACCAAAGUAUGAAUUUUAAUAGAAUUGUGUAAUGACCUCAUUACUGAUAUUGUGCUUUAGAGGUAACAUUAAAGCUAUGGUAAAAGACAAGGAAGAAA